GAUAAAAAAAUAAUUAAGGUUUGAGGAUAAAUCAUUAGAUUCAAAGAGCUGUUAAUAUUAAUUGAUGCCCAUUGGUAAAUCAAGAUUAAUGGAAGCAUGUACAAUGUGAAAUUUACAGAGGAAGAAUUCACAAAUAGCUUCUUUUCUCUGAAACAAGAUUUUAUGCCCUCUUUUAAUAGUGAGAUAGAAGAUCAUGAAACAUGGUCUACUGGAAGUGACUUGGCGAUGCAGGAUGUAGAAAUUGAUGAGAAGAAUGAAGAAGAACAGGUUGGGUGCUCAAUUGAAGAAGAUGAUGAUGUGGUGGCACGUAUGAAAGAGGGAGGGAGAAGACCUUCGGUACAAGCCAGUAAGGAGGAACGAGAAUCAGCAGAAACAGGGGAUGAUAGCCUGGAAGAAAUUCAAAUUUUGAAUGCUGCUGCUGGAAGUACAGGGGCAGGCGGGAUGACAAAAAGACAGGGGAUCCAUGAUUCACUAACAGACAGUAUAGAAGAAGUUGGAGAAAAAAGGGACCACAAAAUGAAGCCCAAUAAGCAGCCGAAGGAGAAGCCCAUCCCACAAAAAGAAAGCCCAGAGGGAAAGGAAUCAACAAAGAUGUGUCUGGCCCAAGCUAAAAUGGCAAAGGUGUUCCAAAAUACAAACAAGGAAAGGGGCUCAUUUAGAAGCGAAAAACCUAGAAAUGAAAGCAAUAGCGACGAUGAAGAUGUGUUCUGGAGGGGGCACGAAAUGGAAAGAGGUCGCAUAGAAGACUGGAUUGGCAAACAUUUAGAGGAGAUAAGUUCAAAAAUGAAAAGGAGGGUGAGACGAUGCAGCUUGGUGUAUUUAGAAACCAAUGUAGGGGCUGUAAGAGCAAAAAGAAAAAGAGAAAGAGGGAAACAGAGCACGCAACAAAUGGAAGGAAGACCAAUUCCAACAUUCCUACCAAACCCAAAUGGAAAAGUUGCCAGAGAUUCAGUUGGAGACAGUGGUAUACAGAAUUGUAACAGAUCUUUGAAGAAGCAGUGGCAAAACAAAUUGGCCGAGGAGAUUUGGGAUCUGGUGACACAACUCGGAGUAGUGGCAGAGGACGAUAAUGAGGUGAUCCAAAGAAUUGAGGAGAUGGAGGUUAGAGACAGACAAGCAAGCUUAACCAUGGUGAACCGAGACAAUGAAGACAACAAGAAGAAUUCCAAAGUACUCAAGAAGAAAGAGGUUAUAGAGGGAGAUAAUUUUAUUGGGGUGUUUGGGUUGUGGGAAGCAGAAAAAACACCCAUGUACAUUUUAAAUGUAUACUCACCUUGUCAACUCACAAGCAAGAGAGCCUUAUGGGAGGAGUUACAAGGCUUAAUUACUAACAGAAGGGGGAACUGGUGCUUAGCAAGGGAUUAUAAUGCUGUGAGAAGUGUUGAGGAACGAGCAGGGUGUACUGUGACUACUAAUGAAAUGAGGGAAUUUGAUGCUUUUAUCCAUAACAUGGGAUUGAUUGAUUUGCUAUUGGUGGGGAGAAAAUACACUUGGUAUAAUUCUAAUGGGAAAUACAUGAGCAGGAUUGACAGAUUUUUAUUAUCCGAAGAAUGGACCACAAAAUGGAGUGAUGUGAAACAAUGGGGAUUGAGGAGGUCAGUUUCAGACCACUGUCCUAUUUUGCUGAAGAAUGAAUGUGUUGACUGGGGCCCAAAACCAUUCAAAUAUUAUGAUGCUUGGCUUGAACAACCAGGAUGCAAGGAGGUGAUCACAAAUGCAUGGAUCAACAAUGAAGUGAGUGGGUGGAACGAAUUUAAACUCAAGGAAAAACUGAAAAGAACAAAACAAGUACUUAAAGAGUGGAGUUGUAAAAUGAACACAGAGAUGGACAACAAGAUAAAGGAAGCCGAAACUGUUAUUGCUGCAAUAGAUGAGAAAGGAGAGCAGAAUCAAUUGUCGGCUACUGAUGUAGAGAAAAGGAGAAACAACUUUAUUGAUCUGUGGAAGAAUUUGAGAAUUAAGGAGAGGAUGUGGCAACAAAAAUCAAGGAAGCUGUGGUUAAAAGAAGGGGAUGCGAAUACAAAAUUCUUCCAUAGAUGUGUGAAAGGAAGAUGGAGAAGAAACGAGAUCAAUAAAGAAAAAUGGAAGAGACCUAAGGUAGAUGGGAUAAGCUUCAAGCAAAUAACAAAGGAAGACAAUGAGCUUCUCACGGCAGGAUUCUCAAAACAGGAAAUUAAAGAAGCAAUAUGGAAUUGUGACUCAUCCAAAGCUCCAGGUCCAGACGGAUUCAAUUUCAGAUUUAUAAAGAUAAUGUGGGAGGUCAAAAAACCAGAUGUGGUAGGCUUUGUACAAGAAUUCCAAGAACAUGGCAGGCUCAUCAAAGGGUCAAAUGCUUAUUUCAUUGUGUUAAUCCCAAAGACUGAAAGCCCUCAAGGAAUUGAAGAAUACAGACCCAUCUCACUAAUAGGAGUUAUGUAUAAAGUCAUCUCAAAAUUACUAGCAAACCGAUUACGAAAGGUGUUAUCCAAGGUAAUCGGGGAGCAGCAGAUGGCUUUCAUCGAGGGAAGACAAUUAGUGGAUGGAGUAGUGAUUGCAAAUGAAGUUAUUGACGAAGCCAAAAGGAAGAAGAAGAAGUUUAAUAGAGGCAUCCGUCAAGGUGACCCGUUAUCCCCAUUCUUAUUCUUGAUUGUUGCAGAGGGAUUGGAUGGACUAGUGUCAUCAGCAGUGGAGAAGGAACGGUAUAAAGUUGUGCCAAUUAGCAAUGGAGAUAUUAUGGUCACACACCUACAAUUUGCAGAUGAUACCAUAUUUUUCGGGGAGGCAUCAGAAGAGAAUAUUUGGGUGAUUAAGUGCAUUAUGAGAAUCUUCAAAUUGGCUUUGGGGUUGAAAAUAAAUUUCAGAAAAAGUCAACUGAUGGGAGUGGGAGUAGAACAAAACUGGAGCUAUAAAAUGGCUUACAGACUGUGUUGUAAAGAAGGAGAGUUCCCAUUUAAAUAUUUGGGAAUUCCAAUUGGUGGGAGUCAUAGAAGAGUAGCUAUGUGGCAGCCACUGGUAGAAUCUGUUAAAAGGAAGCUAGCUAGUUGGAAUGGUAGACAUCUAUCUAUGGGAGGUUGCAUCACGCUCAUCAAUUUAGUGCUAUCAAGUCUGCCCGUGUUCCUGAUGUCAGUCUUUAUAAUCCCAAAAGGUAAAAUCCAUUUAGGGAUGGCAAUUUCCCCCGAUCCCCGCAGGGCCCCGCGGGGCCUCGCGGGGAUCCCCAUCACGGGGACGAGGCGUGGAGGAAUAGGUGGGGAUGGGGAGUAUUUUCCCCCGGCGAAAUUUCGCGGGGAAUUCUCCCCGCCCUGUGGGGUCCCGAUCAAUAUGGUGGAGGGAUGUCUGCGGUUUGAACACUAUGGAUGGGGAGAGUGUAGGCUAGUGGAGGGUUUUAGAAUUAGCAUAGGUGAGGGAACUAGUGCUAGUUUCUGGUGGGAUGACUGGUGGGGAAAGGAGUGUCUUGCUAACAAGUUUCCAAGACUAUAUCUUCUUUCAACAGGAAAGACGCACAUGUGCAACCAAAUGGGAAGCGAAAGAGAUAGAUCAUGGGAAUGGAAUCUGGCAUGGAGGAGAAAGUUGUUCGAGUGGGAAGUAGAAGAGACGAUGGAACUGCAGAACAUGAUAAAAGAUGUGAAGAUCUCACAAGGGCGCCUUGAUAACUCGGAGUGGAUUCAUGACAAGAAUGGUCAAUACUCAACAAAAUCAGCCUACGCAUUGUUAACAAAAGAGGAGAAAGGAUCAACUGGAACUACAACCUUUACAAGAAUAUGGAACUCCACCCUUCCAAGCAAAAUUUCAGCUUUCAACUGGCAAUUACUAUUGGAUAGAAUACCAACUAAAAAGAACCUGUUGAGAAGAGGGAUCAUCAAAGACAUGAGAGAAAGCAAGUGUGAAAUAUGUGCUGAAGAAGAAGAGGACACAACGCACUUGUUCUUAAGUUGCAGGAUCGCUCGAUGGCUAUGGAAGGCCUAUGCAAAGUGGUGAGGGACUAAGAUUUCGUUGGAAGUGGAUGGUUGGAAUACCUUUCAAAAAUCCGGAAUAGAGUCUAAAGAGCCAAGCAUCAAAGAAGGGUGGGAUUGCAUAUGGAAUUCAUUUGUUUGGUUUGUGUGGUUGGCUCAAAACCAAAAGCUUUUCCAAGGCAAAGAGAUCAAUCCAGGGAAGCUUUUUGAACUCAUCCAAUUGAGAUCCUUUCUUUGGAUUAAAUCUAAAAAUGACAA